UGAGUCGCAGUUUAAAAUGCGCCACUUUCAAAUAUUGCAAUAAAUCCGAGAAUCUUCGUCCUAAUCAGUGUUAAAUGUCGCGAUCAAUCGUGUAUCAAGUAUCAAAAAUCAAAACGCAGCUGUAACAGCUGUCAUCUGUCAUUUCCUACGAUUCGUGUUAGGCGCCUCGCGCGUUUAUUAUCAUUCAUUGCACUCUUAUCUAUUCUUAUACACACACACACACACACACAUAUAUAUAUAUAUAUAUAUACAUAUACAUAUAUAUAAAUAUUCACGCUGAGUGCGAGUGUGCAGGAAUGCAAGUGCAGGGAGAAAAACAUUUAUUGGGAUAGAUAUAUUUUUUUUCUAGUCAGAUUAUAUCACAAUGUGUGAUGCAGGGUGCGAAAAGUGAUCGCGGAAUUUUAAAGGGAUAUUUAAGGGAUCCAUAUAUAGUUCGUUCGAUUGCAUCUCGUGCAGAUUCCAUAGAAACAGAUGUGCACAAUGUUACAUCGUUGACACGCUGAUGAAUAAACGUCAUCGUACAACGCGUGCACGAUUUCUCGUUCAUUCAGGUUAUGUUUAUUGUCUGGCAAAAAUACGCAAAGAGAGUGCAACAAAUAGACAACAAUGUGACCUUUGGUCAAUUGUGCACGCGAAUUAUAUAUAUAUUAUCUUCUCUUGCUGCAGCGAUGAUUACAUCGCGAUGAUUUGUUUUCUUUGUACAACGUGAUGACGACCUGCUGAGCUCCUGAUUUUAUAAUAAUGAUAGACUGAUAGAACGUUCGCAAUUCAAAUUCAUUAUGGCGAGAAACGAGGAUAAAACCAUUUUAGAAGCAGAGACUAUAUUUCUAUUAAUGAAAAAGGGUUUUCCCAUCUCUCGUAAUGUAAGGGCUCAAUGGCUGCUGGAACAUUUGGAUUCUGUGAUAAGCAUUCAGUGUCCAAAUAUAAAAAAUAAAGAAAUACCAGAACUAGAAAUAGUAUCGGUGCUGCCAAAAGAUAAACCAGCUUUCUGGUCUACAGAUACUAGCUACCAGUUUCUCUAUAAAGUUGUUUCAGCAACUUCAAUUAUAUUUCUGGCACACAAAUACAGGAUAGUUUAUAGUUUAGAUUUAAGCCCAUCACUUGCAACUGUUGAUAUACAAAAUGGAGAGAUUGUCAUUGAUGAGGUAUGCUUGGCAACAAAACGAUGUCUUGAGGGUAUAACUAAACCAUUUACAAUACCAGGCAGCAAGCGUAUUAUGCAACCUGAGAUUUAUGUAACUGUGAUAGCUCAUACGCCAUUCUUCACAACCCCGGCACAACAGGUGCUAGUACAAGGAUGGUUGAUUACUGCGGAUAAUGUAAAUUCCCUCACGCAAUAUAUAGAGAAACAGCUGUAUCUAUUGGAGGAGAGAGUAGCAACUGUUACAUCUGUAGCUAAUCAACAGUUGGAAAAUAUAAGAGCCGAGAGUGAACGCUUGGUAGGAAGGCUUUUUGAGGAAAAUAGCAAUUGCUUAAAUAAAAAUAACUGUAAUAUAUCCAUAGUCUCACCGGAAGCCAGUUUUGUAAAUAUGCUGAGAUAUGGAAUGCUGGCUUUAACUCUUUUACCUGAGCACAGCUGUGCACAUAUGAUAAUAGUCACGGACGGUAUCGUAGGAAUCAAGAAUGCUCAAACAUUAGAUUCUAUUAUACAACAGUUACGCGCGACGACGGUCGCGUGUAGCUUUUUAUGCGUAGGUAGCGCAUAUGAUCCACAUUGUGCGGACGGUUUAGUGCCAUAUCAAGAUUUAUUGUAUUUUAUUGCUGCGGCCACGUUAGGGAGUUAUAUAUCUUUCAGUUCAUACAUUGUACCUGCACAUGCAACAGAUAUGAAUUUCUAUCAUAAACAUUUUUUAUGCUGGCAAUUAUAUCGGGAUGUAUUUGGCGAUGAUAUAUCAAAUCGUCGCUUUUGUUGGCGAACCGAUAAUAAUUGCUUUCACGGGCAUAAAACUGGCCAGCUCUUGAGGAAGAAACAGAUUGAUGACAAAGUUACUUGCACCUUAAGCAGUUUGCUAUGUUGUCGUCUAAGAGAAGGAUACUUAAUAAAGAAAGCCAGUUUACGAGAUGACAUUCUUGAAAUAAGUUUCGUGCUGCUAUGGAAAACCAAUGUUUUCCUGGAAUAUCUAGUUACGUGUCCUUGGUCCACAAAAUCAUUGUCUCUGUCUAAUGUGAUACAAUAUACCAUUACCAUAGAAGCUCCAUAUGAAUUUUUACAUGACAUUACAUGUCUAUCGAAAAAACCAUUAAACUCGCAUUACCGUCAAAGUGUAAUUUCUCGUUUUUGGACGGCGUUAACAUCAUUAACCGAAAGUGACAAUAUGUUAGCACACUUUAGUUGGUUUCCAGGCUCUGGAUGGACUUGGUAUAGUGUACCAGAUACUAUCAGAAGCGGGAUGCCAGUGUUCUACUUGUCAUCUUAUCCAUCACCAAGUACAGUACAACUUAGUGAUGCUGCCUGUCCACAGUUUGGACAGAUAUGGCAACCGGUUGUCUCUUUGGAUCCGCUUCAGUGGGCACGUUGGAUGCACACUCAGAGGAUCACGUUGAUCCUAGCUUACGAUAGACCUUUACCGAGACAUCUUCAUCAAGCGAAUCAGAGUGGUCGUUUCCAAUGCGUGCAAAGUCGACAAGCCGCGGCUGUGCUAUACGCCAUGCUGAAGAAUUGGGCGACUUUUGUGCUGGUCGAAAAUCAUACGUACGUCCAGUUCAUAUAUAGGGAGGCAGAGAAACCGCCGGUGUCAUUCUCAUUGAUUCGUAUUAAUUGCAAAGCGCUCUGCGUCGUGCUCAAUAUAGCAUUCGCCGGCGGUACCGAGGGUGUCGUCCGUCACAAUGUAGUCGUAGAUCUCAUAGAUCGACUGUCCAAACUUACGUUGCCGAACAGACCGACAGAGCAACGUGAAGUUCCUUGUUGCACGAUAAUACAUAAAUCGCUCGAAAGAAUUCUCGUAAGAUACGAGCGUAUACCGAACAACCUGAGUAUGGUAGUGUUUCCCGAUGGGACUCAACCAACCUGCACUAGGACUGCGCUAGGAUUGCUAGGAAGUAGUUUAACAACCACUUUGUCCAGAUAUUUAUAUCACAAUCGUUGGCUGUGGCACGUAAAGCGACCGUUCGUUCAGACUAUUCCGGGAAUUACUUUGCCCAGACUGAAUAUCACUGCGAUUGCGAGAAUACUCUCUACAAUUACAAAAAUACGUUUGGGUGAAGGCUUUAAUUUCGCGUAUUCAGCAGCUGGUAUUACAAACAUGGUAUUGGAGGUACAGAUGCAAGGUUUCGGAAACGAUGACAACUUUUAUCCUUGUAUUAUUCAGUACGUUUUAUUUCCGCCUCACGUUGUGCCGAAUGCGGCAUUAGAACGUGAUAGUGGCACCGAAGAUGACACGGAAGAAGGUAUCGCCGAGGCGGAAGUAUGGACUGAGGAUUCUGAAGGCUACAGCGAUUUUCAAAUUGUUACAGAGGUUUGGGUCGAGCCACAAUGUGGCUAUGUACAAAUGCCUACACAGUCAACCGCCAUAUAUAUGCAUCCUCUGCAAUAUCAUCAGUUGCCCGAUGCAAUUGCCCGAAUAGACGAGGAAUGCAUUAACGCUCUGUUGACCCUAGAAUACUUGAGCCUCUUGUGCCAAGUAACACCAGCGGAAAAAGACACCGAGAUCGUGUUUGGACAAGCGCACCAAGGAGUCAGGUAUCACGGAGUUAUGGGCAUCUCCACGGAUCAUAUCCCGGAAUGUCCGAAUCCGACCGAGCCCUUCGAAGCGACGCCGAUCAUCGACGAGAGGAUACAUCCAAUGUACUUUUCAUUCGACACUCUGAGCAUUUUAUCUAAAUGUCAGCAGGCAGAACUCUUGUUCUCGAUGUUCGCUGAUGAUUCGGUACAUAUCGACGAGGAUAGGGAUAGCGCGAACAGAACUCUCAUGGCAAACUUUUUGGAGCAUAUGAAACAAUUGCACAAUAAAGAGCUAUUGCUCACGUCAGCGGAAUCGCAGAGGUUCACCAGAAUGCUUCUUAGCAGACCACGCGAGAAUAAUUCGCCGUUGCCUUUUUUCAUGCAAGGAGAGAAAAUCUAUAAAGACGACGCGUCGAAUAUUUAUCCUAGAUGGAAGUGUUUCGUUAAAGGAAUUAGUACGACGCAUGUAAUUAUUACAAUAUUACCGGCGACUGAGAAAGAUGUUCGUUUAAUCACGUAUACAGGCGACAAUUGCACAAGUAAUAAUUCGGAGAAGAAUUGCGAUUCCGAAAUCUUCGAUUUCGAUAUAAAUGAAAAGAUGUCGUCUCCAACGUCGUAUACGAAGGAUACAAAUAAUGCUGACAAUGAGACGAGUCUUGUUAUACCUAUUUACGUGUAUGAUUGUUCGCUGGCAUUAUUAAUCGAUGCGCUGGUCGGCCAAUUGCAAAUGCCUCAAAAUAAAGACAUUUAUCAGGAUCAUACUUUUAAAAUUGGCGAGCAAGUUUGUGAAGAUUUCGUUAGUCUUAAAUCAGAGAGUAACACGAAGCCUUCAUCCCCCGAACCAAAGAGCGAGGAUUCCGACAAUAUUUCUAGCGAUCAACGAAGUUUGAUGGAACAUUGUAAAUUGUUGAGCUUGGCACAUUGUCAUUGUUACGUGGUUGCGGUUUACAAGUCACUAGCAUUGCAACAAUCGUUGAGCUAUGAAGAUAUGGAGGCUGCUGUAGGGCAGUGCGAAGAAAAUUUAAUCGAAAUUAACAUUACAAAUUAUUUGCGAUCGGUGUGCAGACAUUUGAGCAUGUUACCGGAAGACGGUCUGCUUGAUCAAUUAAGAAUCUCCGCGUGUAACGACGUCAAACCGUUGCACAGUUUGAUUAAGAACAAAUUUAAAAGGAUUAUGGCAGUUGCGUUUAGACCCGUGCCUGCGCAUCCAGAAUUUUAUUAUUGUUUACCAUCGUGGAUGUCAGAAAAAAUGGAAGUAACGUCACAAAGGACAGAUAGUGAUGAUGAUUUAGAUGAAUUCACCUGUCAUUCUGAGAUGCCAGCUCCGAAGACAGAUAAUUCCUCUAAUCAAGUAAGCCAAGCUGUCAAUAUCACAUGGCCGACCACAAAUCUUCAUAAUGAGAAACUUUCUCAUUGUAAUUCCAAAGAUUCGCUUACAAGCGAUUUCGAAGAGGAAAAUACGUGGAACACGAAGGAUCAGCCACUCUUUCUACACCUAAGCUGUUCGAUUCGUUUCCACUCCGAGCUUUGCAGCAUACCUGUUAAACUGAUGCCUACUUGCUUCACCGAAAUUAUCCAAAGAAUAAAUGACGACAAGGAGAGGAACCUCGUCGACUUGAGUCCGGACGAUCUGAAAGCCACUUUGGACAUCAUUUGCUUGAACCUCCCGAAAGAGGUGUUGGAAGUAUCGUUGGAACGUUAUCCAGCGUUCAGGACAACAUCUUAUUGCAGCAGUUCUCCCUAUAGUAUGCCGAGUAGUAGCAGCCCGGAUGGAACCGCGAAGAACGAAUCGAUGCAAGAGAGGAUGUCGCAACCGAUUCAGCAUCAUGCGGUAAUCAGCUUGAAGGAUGAGAUCGAAUGGCUGCUGCGAGACGAGACCGCGACGGCACUUUUGGAUCAUCCUUCGCCGAGCGCAGACACAUUAAGAUUCAUAGCACAACAUGUGUCGGAUUCUAUCGGAAAGUCCAGUUGUCUGAUGGAUAAAGUACCUUUACACUUUGUCUUUACAUCCGAGAGCAGCACGCCUAAAUUUUUAAAGGAAUUAAAAAGUCUCGUAAUUGAUAAAUAUUGUAUUUGUCAAGAGGCUGAUCUAUUUUACUUUGUCAAGAAACCAGAGACAAAAAUACUCGAUGUAGAAGCAGACACAUUACAUGUAGAUAUAGAAGAAUCGGAAAUUAAAGAAGAUGAAAGCGUUGAAAACGUGGAACAGGAAGAAAUAUCGACCAUGAUUCAAAUAAAUGGUCAAGACUCUGGAGAUGCGCCAGGCUAUUAUUCUGAGAUAUCGAGUAUAGCCGAAGGAAAACACGGAACGGACGAUGGAUACGAGGGUGAUAGCAGUAAUUCUGAUGACGAUUAUCAGUGGCUUAUAGAACUCGAUAAACGCAGAGAUCGUUUGCCAAAUUUCUGGCUAAUUCUAAGCGUCGAAAGUAGUCAUGUUAAUGUCUACUUUCACUGCAGAUUUUUGGAACUUUCCUCGCCAGAAGUGGACUGUUAUUUGCAAAUACAGAAAAUGUUACUCGCUCAAAUCAAAGCUAUAUGUCGGCGAGUAAAUCAGUAUUUACUUUUACAAAAUCUUCACGAUACUCGCAUAUGCGAUUCGUUAUUGGAACCAGAGUCAACCGAGGAUUAUAAUACCUGGAGAGGAGAAAACAGCACUGAGUCUGGAAAUCUUCUGCAGAAUCAUACUUCUUCGGCUUCUUCGAACACUAUACCAGGCAUGUUCAGAUGUCCCGUCAUCUGGGAAGAACCUUUUAAUCUGCAUCCCCGCUUAAAGACCGGACCUGGAAGAUCCGGAUUAUCGAGAGGAAUCAAAGCUCUACAUGGCGUACUUAAUCGACUGUCCGUUAAUAAUCGAAACAACAUGUUUGUCUACCAAGAGAAUAACGAGAAUGUAUUUUACUUGCGACUACACGAGCAAACGAACGACGGGAAACCUCUGCAGAAUAAAUUGUCCGAGAGUGACGAGAAACUGGUCGUCUCGCGGAGCAACAGCGUCGCGUCUUUGUCGCAGGCUAAAGGUAUCGGUAGCCUAACGAACGAUCAUGUGAUAUCAAACGAUACUCGACCUAGGGUUCGUUCGUUUGGUGAGAAGGAGUCUGACAUCUUGAACAGAACCGGUGAUUCCAUCAUCCUGAUGGUACACGGGAUAUCGGAAGCUGGUCCGGAAGUCAAACGGGACUUGGUGCAAGUAUUGCAAAAUCGUCUCGAUGACGCGGUGUUAGAGGUACUGUCCGUCAUGUUGGCGCGCAAUCCGAUGUGCAAAUUGACACCGGCAGAUGUGCACUUCAUACAAAAACCAUAUAAGUCUCCCGAAUGUAUAGUUCAACUCUCGGUGCAACCGCAUUGUUUGCCGUAUAUAAACGCUUUGGGAUAUUAUCUGAGACAGAAUAUAUUACAGUUCUUGUAUAUACCGAAGUAUACGGAUCUAGGCACGCACUAUCACUUCCAAGAUUACUCCUCGUUAGACGGUAUUAGGAAAAGAGUAUCUGAAUCUGACAUCUUUUUGUAUAAUCAAAGUCAGUCGAGUGGGAGUAAAGGUAUAGCUUGCAUCGCGUUGGCCAUCACCGAUGGCAAAGGAGAAUCCGUAAUGGAUGAUUACAAAUCGAACUUCCCUAAAUUGUUCAGAGUCGAAAAUUUCGAGAAUAUCGUAUCAACCGCUGUUUACGAUUAUAAAAGCGAGUCUAAACCAAAUGCAGAAGCAUUGAUCGAAUUCCGAAUUUGGAAACAAGGUAGAGUCAAUUUGGAAUCCUUAAUCCUGAAGUUGUCAUCUGCCGUGAAACAUGGCACUUGGGACUUGGUCACAGAGUAUAAUUUGCUAGCUACACCAUUGACAGAACCAAUAACUGUCAGUCCUUCACCAGUGAUUACAGAAACUACAGUGGAGAAGAGUAAAGAUGCAGAAACAUCACAGAAAGUUGUUGAUAAUACAUCGAUUAAUCAAUAUGAGCUCGGCGAAGAAGGAAAAUUGAAUGAGAUUUAUCACACUACACUAGCUCAAUGGUUUCAAUUUGCACUAGAAAUGGGUGUUCCCGCUGUUAAAAAGCACGAAGUGAUUAUUCAUCACAGACAUGUGAUUUCUGUGAUCGUGAGAGAAUUACAGAACCUUAUACGUUCUCAGGAUUCAGAUACGUCUAGUAAAGUGUUCGUUCUGCAAGAUCGACAACCGUUCUUGAACCACUACAUUGCCUCGCAUUCGAUGGCGGAAAAUCCGAAUCAAAAGAGCACGAAUUCGUCUGUUUACGUGCCGCAUGAAUUUAAUAAAGACGAACAAACGACUUACAUCAAAUGUAUUUUAGUCGCAAGAAAUUUUCAUCAAUGGAAGGCAUCUUUGAGUAAAGAAAUAGAUCCAGAACUGCUUGCUCCUAAAGAUCAAAAACAGUUACAGAAAUUUAAUCCUUUAAUAUCGGACUCUAAUUUUGUGCCUAGACAAAGGAUAUUGCUAGCUGAAAUAUCAAGUGACAAAAUAAUUAUUUAUAUGUACAAUUGGUCUAAGGAAAAAUCGGAAAAAUUAAUAAAACAGGCAACGAGUUUAGGUACGUGGCUUUCUUCUAGGUCGAGUCUAUUCACCAACAUAAUUAUGCAAAAAUUGGGUAUAUUUCAUCACAAAUUCAUCCGGGAACCUCAGCAGAGAGAGCACAGUUCUCAAUAUUAUCAGAUCAACGAUAUGGAGAGUCUUGCGAAAUUUCCAAGUCAGUCGACCGAUAAUAAAGAUUGGAUGCGAUCGAGCAACCGAGCUCAACCGACAAAGAACAACGCGUUCUCCUGGACUCAAGUAGUCGGACAAGCGAUGAGGGAUGCAAAACCAAAUGCACCUCAUUCUCAUAAUACAACCGACGCGAUCGUCAAGGCUGCUCACGAUUUACAGGACUUGCGACAUCGGGAAAAGAAGAUCAAAGAGGAUCUGGAAAAAUUGUACGCAAUGUGGCAGAGUCGCACGUCCAGCAUACCGAUAUCGCUGAACGCUUUGAACACGUUCACUCAACACUCUCGUCUAAUACACUUUUGCCAUACGCCUCUCCUUUUUUUACCAGCCUGGCGUUUGCAAUCCGCUGCGACGAGAGAUCACUCGUUGACACCGCCGCUAGCGUCCUCCAGUUUCAGCUUGAACGGCAACGUGCUGCAGCAACAAUCACCGCAAGCGACGCAGUCGAGGCAAGAGGCGACAAACGCGAUUAUGAUAAAGUGGCAUCAAGAACUUUGCAAGUCGAUGCUGUCCGAGUAUAAACAGUAUCUACAAAUUUUGGGCUUCAAUCCAAUUCAAGUGGAGUCGCCGCCGCAUAAAACAGAUGAAGAGCAACAACAACAAUCUUAUUACCUUAAGAAGUCGAUGUUGGGUGGUAUUUUAUUGUUUGAGAUCCACUUGUCGCAACCAUUUUUUAUCGUCAAAUUGCACAUCAUCGAGUGUAAUCGUUUACAAACGAAGACGAGUAGCGGUAUGGUGAACCAGUUUGUAUUAAGCUUCGUGGACGUUUGCGACAAGAUUCAAAUCAACAUGCAUUUGCAUUCGUUUACGUAUGACUUUCAUUUGCGGUGUAUUCAUUCUUACAUUGCUGGAACUGGACUAUGGUCCUUGCAACAAGGAUAUCACCUCACUCACUUUAUAGAUGACUUUAUCAAAUAUUACAGUAAAGCUCCGAAUUAUGCCAGGAACCUGAUAUACAGCGACAUAAUAACGAUACGCGAUAUAGCGAUACCAGCACGUACGCUAUAUUCCUAUUUACUUUCACACGAGAAAGAAUACAAUAUGCGCGUGUUCGUGAUGUCUGGCGAGUUUCAAGAAUCUCACGACAACGAAUACGUGUUGAUUAAACUGCAAAGUACUCCACUGGUUAGUUAUUGCGACGCUCACGAUACCAGAUGCACCGACGACUUUGAUGUAGCCUUGAUAGUGUCGCGUGUGGAGCAAUCGCCGCAAAUGGAGAGAACAGAGAUCACCUUGAAAUAUUAUCUGAUGCUGACGAGCAAGAGGGAAUUGUAUCCGAAAAGAGAGGUGGAGAACAACAAAUUGGGUAAAUUUAGACCUGUAUAUAGCGUGGGUAAGUCCACAACUGGAUCAUAUACGGAGAGCUCAAUGGUCGAGUCUAGUCCGGUUUCCGGACAGAUACCGAGACCGUUCACGAGAGACAAUUCCAGAACAGAGAUGUGCAUUGAUCAGGAGGAUUCGAGUGGUGUGACUAUCAAAGACAGCGACGUUAAAAUGACGGGCUAUAAUAUUCACAGUAAUAUGGCACCUACGCCUCCGCCAGUCCCGAAUUCUCCCCUGACGCAAAACUCCAGCGUCAAUUCGUCGUCGUCGUCGCCGCACUUGGUGCAAAUUCGUCAGGAAUCAGUUAACUAUCUCGGCUACUACUCGUCGCACGAACAGCUCAUGCAACAGAUGAUCAUGUCACAGGCGCAUGCUGCUCGUCAGCAUAUCACGAACAUGGUGAAACGCGGCGCGUUGCAGUGUCGAACGCAUUUACUCUGGGACAAACUUUUGGAGAACAAGUCCUCGAUGACGUAUACCGAGUUCAGCGAACUUUGCUCGCUCGCUCACAUAGAAUCUUUGUCGAAUCUCGACCCUAGACUCAGUCCGCUCAUUAAUCAACCGGUUUCCUGGUAUCAAGCGUUGUCCAAAGUAUUGCAGAACAAAUAUCAAGAGCAUCACAAACAAUUUAUCACAUCCGAUGGAAACGUUAUCCAUCAUCUCAUACUACAUCCGACUCUCCUUCAGGCAUUCAUGAUGCUGACUAUCGAUUUGCAUACAUCGAGAGGAGAUUUAUGCGCGGUUUACCGGAAAUCCACAGAAAUCAAUAUACCGAUGAACAUGGAAGAAGUCUAUGCUCUAGUCGAAGGUUUUGUAAAUGCUUGUUGCUUCCACUUAUGGAUGGGCCUUUGCAGCCAGUGAUAACAUUCCGAUCGUACAAUGCGAAGACGAAGACACACAUUGCUUCUGAAACUUCAUGUACUUAUAUAAAAAUGAUAAUGAGCAGUGUGUGUAUCAUUUACUCAAUUUAGCGAAUAAAUUGGCACAUUAAUUACUAAAUAUUAUGGAUUAUCACACGACGUUGUAAAUAUGAAAUAUAUAUUUUCAUGUUACAUACAUUAAUUCUCAUGUGAUUAAUCUCGAUGAUAAUAAUAAUUUAUUCGAUAAUACAUAAAAUUAAGCUAUAUCUUAAAAGAGACUAAGAACUGUAAACGCAGCAUUAUCAAUUAAGUCUAUUCUCAGGAAAUUCAAAAGUUAGUAUAAUUAAGGACUCCGUGCAAUAACAAAAGAAUGCAACUGCUUUUUUUAUAAGAAAUACAACAUUCACUUUAUUCUGCGAUUCCUAAUCAAUAAUUCCCUAACAAUUUCGUAAGGAGCUCAGUAACUACAUAAUCAUAACGGUGCCUGUGUGUUUACGGUUUUCGCCAAUAUUGUCCCGUUCGAUGUGUUUAUAAAGUAAUGUCCGUUCAACUGGAAACUUUAUUUCGUUAGAUCUCAAGAGAAAGAAAUUACACUUGUUUAACAUCACAUUUCGAAUGAUUAAUAUUAAAAUGAUAUAUUUAAUGAUUACUAUUAAUUAAGAAUUAGUUAUAAUUAUUAAUACUAAUAGUGUACAAUCAUACAUUUUUAAGGGAAGGACAGCGUUCAUAUUGUUGUUGAAAUCUUUUAGUUAGGCUCAAUAUCUUUCUAUUCAGUUCUCCCUCUCGUUCGCUCUUUUAUUUCGUCACUUUCUCUCUAUUUCUCUUUCAUUCACGCAGGCACUCGUCGUUCAUUUAUACUUUUGCUGCUUUUUUCUGGUAAAGAACCAGGCUACCGUUACCACCGUUGUAUCUCUAUUCAAAACUAUCGAACCGAUUAAAACAUAUCGCUGACUUCAAA